AAACCAUCACAGAAACACAGAGAGAUCAAUUAAUUUUUAAUCGUUAUAUUAGUUACUUGUUAAUCAGGAGAGAUUAGGAUAAAUGGAGUGGUCUUGGCCGGAAAGUGUGCUCUCAAAUGGGGAGAGGGUGGUGGAGGAGUUGAUCCAAGGGCGUGAACUGGCAAGUCAACUUAGUAAGGCUUUUGCUAAUAGAUCACUUGUUGUUAAUGGUGAUGAUGGGGGAUCGGCUGAAGGUAUUGUUAAUAAGAUUUUGGGGUCAUUUGUGAAUACCCUUUUGAUUAUAAAUGGGAAGGAGUCUGAUCAGGAGUUUGUUUCUGAUCAGAUUCAAGGAAAUAGUAGUGGAGUCAAUGGUGGUAGUACUGGUGUUAGUGACGGUGGUCGUGGUGGUGGAUAUUCAUCAUCUUGGGAUGCUAAUCAUGAUCAUGCAGCUAAUAUUAAGUCUGAAGAUUAUAACGAGGAGGAGAUCAGUUGUAAGAGCACUUCAACCUUCAAGGAUCGAAGAGGUUCCUACAAGAGAAGAAAGGCUUCACACUCUUGGACUAGAGACACUCCUACUUCGAAUAUUGAUGACAGUCAUGCAUGGAGAAAGUACGGACAGAAAGUUAUCCACAAUGCCAAGCAUCCAAGGAACUACUUUAGAUGCACUCACAAAUACGAUCAAGCGUGCAAAGCAACCAAGCAAGUGCAACAAGUUCAAGAUCAUCCACCAGUGUUUCGAACCACAUAUUAUGGUACCCACACGUGCAGAGACUACCCCAAAGCUUCUGAACUGGUCUUGGAUUGCACUAGUCCUAGAGAUUCCUCAAAAUUCAUUAGUUUUGACAACGCCAACUGUUUGGAAAACAAACAAGAGCACCCAUUUUUCACAUCCUUCGCUUCAUCAUCAGUUAAAGAAGAACUGAUCGUCAAGGCAACAAGUGAUCAUACGGUGACAAGCCACAACAACCAUUCGUCACCGAGUGAUUAUCUACUGUCGCAUGAUGAUCUGAUGGCAUUCGAUUCCUUUUGGCCCAUGAGCGAGUUUUCAUCAAGCAUUGAUCAGUAUGAUCGUGACGAUGUGUUUUUGAAGAUGAUUGCCGAGGCUUAAUGAAGUUUUGCUGAUUAGUUGCAAUAGCUGACUACAUGCGAAACGAACGCAAGUACAUAAUUGUCAAAGGAUAAGGAGAGGGGGCGAACGUAAAUGGUCUCUAGGCCAAAAGAGUGCUUGCCUGGAGGGGAAAUCAAGUGGUAGAACAAGCAGAAAGUCCAAGUUGAGGAAUUUCAAUCCAUUUAUCGGAUACUUUUAGGUGUCGCUGGGCAUCGGCGAUAGAGAAAAUAAGAACGUUGUGUUCAUCGCUUUUGUCAUGAAUUUCGUGGUGCAAAGAUAGGGGAAACCUAAAGGAAAGAGAAUAGGAAAUAAAAAAGAAAAAAGAAAAAUCAGUUUAUGCAA